ACUCCUUUUGAGAUUUCUUGUAAUAGAGAGUUAUAUUCCAUAGAAUUAGAGUUGGGAAACACUUUGAGUGAACCUCUUCUUUGUGGGUGAUUGUUGCGAGGUUAUUCUCUUGGGAUAUAUUUUGGGAUAAUUAGAGUUUCAUAUCUAAUUUUGUACUCUCUUUUGUGUACCGGUUGUUAUAGUAAAAUUGCUCCUCUCCGCUUGUGUGGACGUAUGUCAUAUCUUGACCGAAUCACGUUAAAUUGGUGCCUUCUUUAUAUGCUUGAAUUAGCAUUAUUAUCAACUUGCAUUGUCUUUAUUAUUAUCAUUAUAACGUUGUUUGGCUAAAUUCUGCACUACCCAUGUUCCCGAUCCUAAUAAAUCUUUACACCAGCACUAUUAAGCACAUUUGAGUCUCAUUGCAAUAAAGUUGUGAAACUCUUUAUUCUGUAUAUAUUCUGAUAAGUGAUGGGGAAGGUGCACAAAUAGCCCAUGUUUAAAGAAUAGUUAAAAUUUACAAUAUAUUUUAAGUUUGGCCGUCUCUGAAUCAACUUCUGAGUCGAGAGUUUCAAACUCAGACUCAGAGCUCUAUUAAAACCUAACUUUAAACCUCACGUAUUAAGUUUGUAUGCAGCCGAACUUCCAACUCCACCUUUUCCUUUUCCUUUUCCCUACUGUUAUGAAUAAAAGUAGAUAAAAUUACCCCUUUUGAAUUACUGUUUAAAACGGUUAUUUAGUCUUAAACCUAACAGCGUCCAGACAAAUCCUUUCUCAAUUUGAAAACGGAAUGACCAGCACAAUUUAUGGAAAUUCCAACUUAGAAAUUAUAAAGGAAGCUUAAUAUCGUUCCCUUUUCCUUUUUUGUUUUCCUUUUUCUUGUCGGAUGCAAAUUUCUUUCACUAUAAAUAGAAAGACAACCAAAUUCACAAAUACUUGGGACAAUUAAUCAUGCAAGAAAAAUAUCAUCAACAGAAAUCAAAGGCACAUACCAUAGUACGUAACAAGAGAAGUUCAGUGAAGAAUUCAACAACAAUGACAGAUUCAGAUUGUACGGAGUUUGAGAUAACGAAAUCCAGAAAGAGGUGUCAAAAGCUCAUUAAACGUCCAAUUGCAAGAUCAAAAACUGUUUGUGAUUAUUUAGAAGAACUAUAUAAAAAGAAGGGAUCCAUAAGAGAAGACGCACUAGGCAAAUUGAUCAUUGAAUUCAAGAAAGCGGUGCGAUAUGAAUUUGCUCAGAAUAUUUGUGUUACUUUAACACACCGAUGCGAAAAUUCGUUGAAGCGAGGUUCUGCUUUGGAAAUUGAUCUUGCACUACAACUUAUAGGAUUGUUAGCAAUAACACUUGGGGCUGGAGAUCAUGCACAUGAGAUAUAUGAAUAUUCACUAGAGUUUCUUCCUCAAGUUCUCAAAUCCAAGUCAUCUCAUUCUGCCAAGGCAUUAGAAUGUUUGGCUAUUGUCACUCUUAUUGGUGCCAAAAAUACUGAUGAAACAGAAAGAUCCAUGGAGAUUAUAUGGAAAAUUAUGAAUGAAGAUACAAAACCAAAUGUUGUUGCUGCAGCAAUAUCCGCCUGGUCUCUUCUCCUUUCAGAAAUAAAUGGAUGGUGUGUUAAUCACAAGAAAUGGAAAGGGUUGUUCUCAUAUUUGCUGAAACAACUAGAGGAAGAUUAUGAUCAAAAUGUCAAUUCUGCCUGCGUAGAAGCACUUGGUGUAAUUUUUGAAAAUGGUAGCCUUGAGAAAUUUUCAGAUGAUGCAGAAAAUUAUGCAAACUUAAAAGACAUGAAAGAUGAUAUAUUGAUAAGAGCUUCAAGUGUUACCAAAGAAAAUGCUUUAAAACUUCUUGAGGGUAAUAGUGAUAAGAAAAUCACCCUCACAAUAUGUGAAACUGAAUUGACCUUACGCUCUUUUUCACUCGUGAAGCAGAUUAAUUAUAUAAAAAGAUAUCUAGGCGAUGGCUUUAUAAAUCACAUGAAGGAUAACGAGCACCUCCAUAAUAUUUUUCAAUUUUGGCCAGAAACAACUUAUAGAGACGACGAAGAUUUGUAUGAACCCGAAUUUGAAAAGGUGGCUCUUCGAGUUUUUACACCUCACAUUAGAAGGGAAGCUUGCAUAAAGAGGAUUUCCAUGUCGCCUAGUUCUUUCUUGAGCAAGGCAAAUACUCAAUUGAGGAACAAAUACAGGAUGCUUGCAGAGAAGACUAAGGCUGGAGAGUAUGGAGUUGAUCAAGAGUUUGAAUACGAUGAAUACUAGUUGUGUUAGGAUAUUCUAUAAAUCAUGC